GUAACAGCGAUGUGCGCGCCGGCUGCCGCGGCGCUCUUAUUAGCCGCGCUCACCGCACUUCCGUGUAAAGGAACGGACGCCGAUAGCUCGACAAUUUUAAAUGAAACCUACGAAACAACGCAACCAACGAUAAAUAAGGUCUAUCAAAUGCUGCACGCCACCACCGGCUCACAUAAUGAAACGAACCCCAAGUUUAAUUACUCCCUCAAUGUUCUACAUAGUUUCGAACCUAAGCAUUUCUCUAGUAUGGAGAAGAUAGAUAAAUCAAAAGUAAUGUGUUGUGGGAACAGCACAGACGUUAUGUACAAAACUUUAGAUAACGGUGCUAUUGUCGGAAAUGUGUUAGAUAAGGACAGAAUGAAUAGAAAAAGACGGGUUGUGAAUGUGUUGCGGGACGACAGUGUGCUGCGGGAUAAGAAUAUUACGUUUAACGGUUAUGCAGAACCUACGGUCACAUUUCCAAGCCUCCAGCCGAUGGCCCUUGAGAGAAAACGCAAGCCAGGAGAAGCGGGUUCCACUGCGCCACUUCUUAAUUACAUAUUUGAUACGUAUUCAAACACGCAUCAACAUAGAAAUGAAAGAGUUGGCACCGGAAACAGCAUAUACGUAGCAGUAGGACCAGAGAUCGAGGCUCUGGUUGGCUCCACCGCACUGCUGGACUGCAAAGUGGACGCCCUGCACGAUAAACUGGUAUCGUGGGUACGUCGGAAAAACGACGAGCAGCCGAUGGAAUUGCUGACAACCGGGACACAACAGUACACGGCUGAUGACAGAUAUUCAGCCCGCUACAUACCACCUGACAUUUGGAGGCUUCAGAUAAAGGAAGUGAGGCCAUCAGAUGCUGCGUUCUACGACUGUCAACUAUCUGCACAUCCUCCGAGGACUGCGCGUGUUACGUUGAGAGUACCUGAGGUGUCAGUCCGCAUAGUGGACGGGGCUGGUGCUGAAGUGUCCGAGCAGGUGUGCGAGCUCGGCAGCACUGUAGCCCUGCGGUGCGAAGUCCGAGGUCUUCGAAUGGAGGGCGGCCCUUCGCUACUGUGGUACAGGCGGGAAGCGCUGCUCAAUGACGACACGACCAGAGGGGGGAUAAGUGUCAGAACAGAGUUCGGUCCAAACGGCGCUAACUCCGUGCUCCGGGUAGCACGUGUCAGAAACGACGACGCGGGCCGCUACACAUGCAACGUUGCACGCGCACCGCCCCCCGCACCCUCUACCGCACACGUCAUACUACAUGUCAUAAAAGGGGAAAGUUUGGCUGAACUCCAUCAAGGCGCAGGGAAAAGGACAGCGGACUCUUUGCAUAUCGCCAUUGCGCUCGGGACGUUGACAGUUUUACACCUAAUAUUAUAUCAUGAUAUUAUAUAA